AAUCAAGCCGACUGAAAGUUGGGCAGAUCAAAUUGUAAUUUUGGAUUAUAAAUUUUGAAAAUGUGGCAAAAUUUUGACUUAUUUUUUAAAACGGAGGAGGACGAAGAGAGGGCGUGAAGUUGAAGUGAGAAGAAAGAUAAGGCUGUGGGUUUAGACUGACUAAUUGUAUGUACUUAGCGAGGAGAGGGAGUGUAUAGUCAAGGGUAGAAUGAUAAGGCUGACAUCGUAAUCAACAACUUUGUGAAAUUUUUCAAGAAGCCAUAUAAACCAGCUUAACCAUGUGGCACGAGGCACGUAAGCAGGAGAAGAAGAUUCGCACCAUGGUCGUCGACUAUAGGCGUCGGGCUGAGCGAAGGCGAGAAUUUUAUGAAAAGUUUAAAGCUGACCCGGCCCAAUUUAUGCAAAUUCAUGGGCGACGCUUUAAAGUUAUUGCGGAUCCACAAGUCACCGCUGUGGCGGAUAGCUGCAUGGUCCCCUGGCAAGGAAACGAGGACAACAUGAUUGACCGAUUCGACGUGCGAGCUCAUCUCGACAUCAUUCCGGAACAUCACUCUGACCCUGACGGUCCCCCAGUCAAGGAGGACAACGCCUCUAUCCUUAAUUACGAACGAUAUAGAAUCCUCAUUCAAAACGAAUCUUCAAAAACCUCAGAGGAUAAAUUUCUCCAUCAAAUUCACAUCGAGGAACAAUUCGGCACUCCCACCGGUCCAGGGCGACACCAUCAUCACAAAGACAAGGAGAAAGUGGCACCCAAAGUGGCUAUCGGAUACACGUACGAAGAUAGCAAUCCAACCGGGAAUACUUGGUCUGCUGCAGUGAAGGAGAAAAGUGAGGCUAGUGGUCGUGGUACUAGUGCAACUAAUAACUCAGAUCCGGCCGAAGAAGAAGAAUCUGAGGAGGAAGUCGAUUUUGACCUGCUCGUCAACAUGGACGACCUCACAUACGCUCAAAAAGCAGAGCUCAACGUCACCGGCAACAAGUACGGAUUAACAGGAGGAGAUUUCAUGAACUAUUUAAACCAAGACUUGGAAGAAAAGGAGCAAAUUCGGUUAGCAAAGUUGCACGAGGAGGAGAAACAGGCCAUGAGUGGUCGCAAAGCUCGCCGUGAACGCCGCGCCUACAAGGAUAAGCUAAUCCUUCGUAAAGGAUACAUUUCUCCCCCAUCCUACGCAGCUGCCCACAUCCCACUUGGUGAGGAGGAGGAAGAAGAAGGUAAAAGAUCCUCUUCUGGUUCGAGAUCCAGCUCUCCGGAGAAGAUCGAGUUCAUCACAUCCUUCGGAGGGAGCGACCCUCUCCCAGCGAAAGAGCCAUCUCCGCCCCUGCCACGCGGAGGGCGACGUGUACUCCCUGCACCCACAAAGGUGUCAAGUACGAUCCGGAAGUGGGCAAGAAGUCGGAGUCGCUCACCAGAAAGGAGAAAAAUGAGGUCAAGGUCGAGAUCGAGAGAAAGAUCGGGACGGAAAUAUAAUAGCAGUGCGUCAUCUUCUAUGCGUGGAAAACGUGACUCAAGUCGGAGACGAAAAUCGUCAUCGUCAGAUUCGAGUGUGGACCGCAGACGCCGUCGACGCCGACGAACUUCUUCCCAUUCCUCCAACAGGAGCCGUUCUCGGAGUAGAGAUCGAUCUACCCGGUCUCGAAUUCGACAUCGCUCAUCUCGAUCACGAUCCCGAUCCAGAAAUAGGUCUCGUUCAUCACGAAACAAUAAUGGAAAGAGUAGUAGUAGGCGAAGAAGCAGCUCAAGAAGUAGAAGCCGUGACCGUGUCAGACGUAGAAGUGAUAGUUUAGACAACAAGAAGAAAAGAAGACGAUCACACAGUGAGAGUAGUGAUGAUGAUUCAACUUCUUCCUCCGGAUCAUCACGAUCCUCCCGAAAACCAAGUCGAGACAGGAAGAAGAGGACUUCGUCAUCAUCUUCGAGGUCGAGUUCGCCACGAAAGUCAAAAUCUAUCGAACGCCACCGCCCCAGCAACAUAACUUCCGUUUCAACAACAUCAUCAAAACCUUUGGUCACUAGUGACAAUAAAAAUGGACGUGCCCCAUCACCACCUCUGCCUUCGUCAUCUACUACAAACCACCAUCCCACUGUUGCAUCGGUCGUGGAACCAGCUCCUCCCAGACUUCCAUCUCCCCCAGUGCGGAGGUACUACGGUCGUCGUAAAGAAUCCACAGAGUCGUCGGACAGUGAUCAAAUUUCUUACUCUUCAUCCGGAUCGGAGGAUGAUGAAAGAAAUAAAAAGAGCACUAGCUCUUCUGAUCCAAAGGGUAAAUCCUACGCGAACUCAUCAUCCAAAACUUCUUCGUCCUACCGCUCGUCAUACAGCGAGUCGGGAUCACCAGCGGCGGUUAAAUUGACACCACAGGAGCGUCUAAAAAAGAAGAUGCAGGCCGCACUAAAUCGUCACCUCAAGGCAGACUUGGAGGCUGAAAAAAUUCGUCAAGAGAAACAAGACCAGGAACGGAUCGAAAGGGAGGAAACCCUUCGAGAACUUUCCAUUAAGUACAGACGAAGGGAGAGAGAACGCCGCCAUAGAGAAAUGGUGGACCAGGAUUCUGGAUCAUCUUCAGAAGAUCGUUCGACAGGAUUUCGCUCGUCUGCGUCACGAUCGCCGUCUCCUUCUCGUCUUCCACCUCUUCCUCCACUCCCUCCCUCUUCCAAACCUACCACCAUUCCCACAAGUAGUAGUAGGAGUUCUUACCGUGCUAAAAAGACACAUGACAGUGGCGACGAAGAUGACGACUAUUAUUAAUUAAUUACCUAUUUCUUCGCAAGAAUUAGUACCAGGAGCAUUUUUCAAUUAAUAACGUGAUUUUUGUAUGCUUUAUUAUUUAGUUAAUGUUUCAUUUAACUGAGUAGUUAAUUAAAAUGAUACAGAUUUCAUAAUAAAGCCUGCUGCAGAAAAAUUAAAGUCAGUCAUUAUUCCGAACCUUUGAAAAUUCUGUAUUAAUUGUGAAUUGCCUUUAUUCAAUAAAACUUAAUCUUUAAACA